AUGAUGCAGAGCGCAGCUGUCCCCGCGGAGGGGGCUGUCAAGGGGCUCCCGGAGAUGCUUGGUGUGCCGAUGCAACAGAUCCCUCAGUGCGCUGGCUGCAACCAGCAUAUCCUGGACAAGUUCAUCCUGAAGGUCCUGGACAGACACUGGCACAGCUCCUGCCUCAAGUGUGCAGACUGCCAGAUGCAGCUGGCUGACAGGUGCUUCUCCAGGGCGGGGAGUGUCUACUGCAAGGAAGACUUCUUCAAGCGCUUCGGCACAAAAUGCACGGCCUGCCAGCAGGGCAUCCCCCCAACCCAGGUGGUCCGCAAGGCACAGGACUUCGUCUACCACCUGCACUGCUUCGCCUGCAUCAUCUGCAACCGGCAGCUGGCCACGGGCGACGAGUUCUACCUCAUGGAGGACGGGCGGCUGGUGUGCAAGGAGGACUACGAGACAGCCAAGCAGAAUGAUGACUCCGAGGCAGGGGCCAAGCGGCCGCGGACCACCAUCACGGCCAAGCAGCUGGAGACGCUGAAGAACGCCUACAAGAACUCCCCCAAGCCUGCCCGGCACGUGCGGGAGCAGCUCUCCUCCGAGACUGGCCUGGACAUGAGGGUCGUACAGGUCUGGUUUCAGAACAGAAGGGCCAAGGAGAAGCGCCUGAAGAAGGAUGCGGGGCGGCAUCGCUGGGGGCAGUUCUACAAGAGCGUCAAGAGGAGCCGGGGAGGCAGCAAGCAGGAGAAGGAGAGCUCGGCAGAGGACUGUGGGGUUAGUGACAGUGAGCUGAGCUUCCGAGAGGAUCAAAUUCUCUCAGAACUUGGCCACACCAAUAGGAUUUAUGGCAACGUGGGGGACAUUACAGGCGGACAGUUAAUGAAUGGGAGCUUCUCCGUGGACGGGACAGGACAAUCCUAUCAGGACCUGAGGGAUGGGAGCCCCUAUGGAAUCCCACAGUCUCCAUCCUCCAUAUCAUCCCUGCCAUCUCAUGCUCCUUUGCUCAAUGGGCUGGAUUAUACGGUGGACAGUAAUUUGGGCAUCAUUGCACAUGCAGGGCAGGGAGUAAGCCAGACGCUGCGAGCCAUGGCUGGGGGACCCACCUCUGACAUCUCCACAGGAAGCAGUGUAGGCUAUCCCGACUUUCCGACUAGCCCAGCCUCUUGGCUCGAUGAAAUGGAUCACCCUCCUUUUUAA